AUGGUUGGAAGUAUGUCGCUUAAACUCCUGCCCUUUGUGGCUGGUUGCGCCUUUGCUAGCGUCACCUAUCCCGAGAUCCCGGCGGACUUGACUACGCCAUUCCAGCAGCGAUUGGCAAUAUACGGUCCCGAUGCUGUAUCUGUUGGCUGGAACACUUACGGAAAGCUUGAACAGAGUUGCGUGCAAUAUGGCUUGUCAAAAGACAACCUGAAUACUAAAGCUUGUUCAUCCUUGUCGACCACCUAUGAUCCCUCGCGGACAUGGUCGAAUGUCGCCGUCCUGACAGGCCUGAAGCCCGCAACAACCUACUACUAUAAGAUCGAGUCUACCAACUCGACUGUAGGUCAUUUCCUCAGUCCUCGCAAGCCUGGCGAUAAAACUGCGUUCAACAUGGACGUGAUCAUUGAUCUAGGCGUUUACGGCAAAGACGGCUACACAACCAAAAGCACAAAAAAGGAUACCAUUCCAGUCAUCGAUCCGGAAGUCAACCACACGACAAUUGGUCGCCUCGCGCAAACAGUGGACGACUACGAGUUCAUCAUCCACCCAGGAGAUUUCGCUUACGCAGACGACUGGUAUCUCAAAUUCGCCAACCUGCUCGAUGGUAAAGAAGCAUACGAGUCCAUCCUGGAGCAAUUCUACGACCAAAUGGCACCAAUCUCAGGCCGCAAGCCCUACAUGGCCAGCCCAGGAAACCACGAAGCAGCCUGCUCGGAGAUUCCAUACUUGAACAAUCUCUGCCCAAAAGGCCAAAAGAACUUCACUGAAUUCAUCCACCGAUAUGAGAACACCAUGCCUCAGUCUUAUAUUUCCUCGUCAUCCAACCCAACGGCCCAAACACUGGCCCGCACGGCCCGCAGUCUUUCAAACCCACCCUUUUGGUAUUCAUUCGAGUACGGCAUGGCCCACAUCAUAAUGAUCAACACCGAAACCGACUUCCCUAAAGCGCCAAGUGGCACAGAUGGCUCUGCCAAGCUGAACGGUGGGCCCUUUGGCGCUCCGAACCAGCAGCUCGAGUUCCUCAAGGCUGAUCUGGCUUCCGUCGACCGUUCUGUCACUCCCUGGGUAAUUGUCACCGGACACAGACCAUGGUACUCAACAGGUGACUCGUCGAACAUCUGUACUCCCUGCCAAGAUGCGUUUGAAGGCCUGUUUUACCAGUACGGCGUUGACCUCGGUAUCUUUGGCCAUGUGCACAAUUCGCAGCGGUUUGCGCCUGUUGUUAAUGGUACCGCGGAUCCCAACGGCCUGAAUGACCCUAAAGCGCCCAUGUAUAUCGUCGCUGGGGGUGCGGGUAAUAUUGAGGGGUUGUCCUCUAUUGGCACCAAGCCUGCUUAUACCGAGUUUGUGUAUGCCGAUGACUAUAGCUACAGUACCAUUAGACUUUUGGAUGCGCAGCACCUGCAGGUUGACUUUGUGAAGUCUUCUACUGGAGAGAUCUUGGAUUCCAGUACUUUGUACAAGGAACAUGCGACGGAUUUUGUUAAGCAGUGA